CAGAAAAUGAAUAAAGAAAUGGAGAGCAGCUUGCCGGUUACUGCGUCGGAGAGGCGAUCGAAAUCCAAGAAUGCAUCAUCAAAAUCAUAUGUUAUAAUGGUGUUUCUUUCUUGUCUCGCCUGGCUUUACGUUGCUGGCAGGAUGUGGCAAGAUGCAGAAAAUAGAACGUUAUUGGCCAAUCUUCUCAGGAAGGCUUCUCAUCAGCGGCCUAGGGUGCUCACAGUAGAAGACAAAUUAGUGGUUCUUGGAUGCAAGGACAUGGAGAGGAGAAUUGUUGAGACGGAGAUGGAAUUGACGUUGGCAAAGAGUCAGGGUUUUCUUAAAAACCAUUUGCAUCAAACUGGUAAAAGAUUGUUUGCUUUUGUUGGAGUUUAUACUGGUUUCGGGGGUCGAUUGCGACGCAAUAUUAUGAGGGGAUCCUGGAUGUCCAAAGAUGCUUUAGCAAAACUUGAAGAAAGAGGGAUUGUCGUACGAUUUGUGAUUGGACGGAGUGUUAACCGCGGUGACAGCUUGGACCGCAAUAUUGAUGAGGAAAGUCGUGCAACAAAGGACUUUUUGAUUCUUGAUGGCCACGAGGAGGCUCAAGAGGAAUUGGCUAAUAAAGCUAAAAAAUUCUUUAGCACAGCAGUACAGUUGUGGGAUGCAGAAUUUUAUAUCAAAAUCGACGACAAUGUUGAUCUGAAAUUGGAUGGGUUGAUUGAACUUCUCGAGAGCAGGCAUGGUCAAGAUAGUGCUUAUAUUGGUUGCAUGAAGUCUGGGGAUGUUGUAACUGAAGAGGGAAGACCAUGGUAUGAGCCAGAAUGGUGGAAAUUCGGAGAUCAGAAAUCGUACUUGCGCCAUGCAGCUGGUUCUAUCUUUGUACUUUCGAAAAAUUUAGCUCAGUAUAUAAACAUUAACAGGUCAGCUUUUAUACAGAGGAUGAUUUCAAUAGCUCCAAAUUGUUUGGCUAAAAGAUUUAUUAUUUUUCGGUGCAGUGCUUCGUUGAAGGCUUAUGCGCACGAGGACACCUCUGUUGGGUCAUGGAUGAUGGGUAUUCAAGCAACCUACAUAGAUGACACUAGUUUGUGCUGUAAUUACUCGGGGCAAAACGACAAGGUUUGUUCACUGGUAUAAUGUGGAGGAGGAUAACUUACUUGUUAUUUGGCAGCUGCGUCGUCGGAUAUAUGACGAGGGCCUGCUGCAAUUUUUGUUUUUGAAGAGUUAAGAGACCAUUCUUUACAUGAAAACUUGUUGGCCUUGCAACGAAUUUUCUGUCAUUCAUAGCACAUACAUACACAUGAAACCUUCAUUUUGUAUUGUAUGUAAGAUGAAUAUUGGUAUAUUAUUUUCUUUUUUUCCUUUGAGAAUUAAAGAUUUUAAUUUAGCAAAUAAUUUGAGAUUAUGAUACCA